CAGUUGCCACGCACUUGAUUCUAAACCGUCCACUGGGCAAUACACAGCAAAUACAAAUCCACAUAGAGGGGCACUAUCGGCAUAUGAAAAAUAAAAUAACUGGCUACUGCAGAUCAGGAGCCACGAGGCAUUACACAAGUAACUGCUUCUGCCUCUCUUCCUUACAGGCCACACACGCACAUGCUCUUUCACCUCUCUAUUUCUCUUUGUUCCUCUCCUCAUUGCUUUCAUUGCUUUGGCCUUAGGAUUUAGAUUCCUCUCUGUCUCUUUCUCUUCAAUUCUCUCGUCUUUUGAGAAUUCAGUUUCCUCCAUUGCAGCUCUUUACCCAAUCAAAACCUGUCUCUGCUUCAACUCCUUCCUUUCUUGCUCUUUAUAAAGGCCUCAGUCUCAAUUUUACUUCAUUCAAUCUUCAAACGCUAUCGGAGAGCAGAGAAGCUUCUCUCUCUUCCCAUCCAUCAAUGGUGUUUCGUUCCGUCUCCCAGACCCAAACUUCACCUCAUACUGACGCUACUGAAUUCACAGCCAUGGCUUCUUCAACUCUUAAAUCUCACCAGCCUCUCCAUAACUUCCCUUUACAGGAUCUCAAAUGGUCCAUGAACCACACCAAUAACUAUCGCUUUCGCAAGCUUGCCGCUGAUUCCUCACACGAAUAUCCACACCGUGACACCGCCGACCAUGAUGGAAAUCCGGUCUCUGACGGCGCGAAAACUGGGAACUCGGUGGCGUCUCCUGAUCGGAGGACCGAGAAAUCUGAGAAGAAAUUGGGGGUUUCGGAUACUGCGGUUGACAAUUCCGACAAGAUAUCCAAGAUCUUUAUUCGCAUCAGGACUAAGAGCAGCAAGUCCGCCGACGAUUCUGCCGAUGUAGGGGAUCAGACCUUAGUUGUGGACGAUGCAGAGGAGACGAUAACGAAAACAUGGAAUCUGAGGCCAAGAAGAGCGGUGACUAAGGCUCCCAAUGGGAAUGGAGGUGUACCGAAGAUUGGUGGAGCUGUCGAGCCGGAAACCAAAGCUCAGGAACCGAGUCGCCCUGAAUUGACUCGGUUACGGAAUGCUAACGAUGCUAAGAUGGCUGAGAAGAAAGAGAGAGAGAAGGACAAGAAGCUAAAGUUCUCGAUCUCGCUUACCAAAGAGGAAAUCGAAGAGGAUGUCUUUGCGUUGACAGGGUCAAAGCCUGCGAGGAGGCCCAAGAAGAGACCUAAGCAUGUUCAGAAACAACUUGAUUGCUUGUUUCCUGGAUUGUGGUUGGCUUCGAUCACGCCUGAUAUAUACAAAGUUUCUGAUACUCCUCCGAAGGGUUAGAUGAUCCAUUCAUAUAAACUCGGAACUUGAAGGUGAAUUGCUGCCCAACUUGUUGACGUCAGCUUAAAGAGUAAAAAAAAUAUGAGCCUGUAAAGAUGAAAGGGUAACAAAUAUAUCUUGUUUUUGUGCCUUUUCUCUAUACAGCAAGGAGCUCACUGCAAGUUUGAAGGGUUAUAGUCCGUAGUUUUGAGUAACUGACUUUGUAGUUUGUACAUAAGAACUCUCAAUCAAUGGGUAGAAAUUUUAAUAUCAUUGUUUAUGUUUUCAGUUAAUAUGAAAUCAAAUGUUUUUUAGGCUGUUUA